CUGCUCCUGCAGAGCCUCCUCCUCCUGGCCUCCUGCCUCCGCUCGGCCGCUGCAUUCCCCAAGGGCUGCUACCCCUCGGAAGAGGAGGGGCUGAAGACUUUCCGCUGCAGCAACGCUCGUCUGACCGAGGUCCCCAGGGACAUACCCAACGACACCAACAAGCUCUACCUGGACUCCAACCGAAUCCCCUUCCUGCCCCGCGACGCCUUCCGGGACCUGCCGCUCCUGCUGGAGCUGGAUCUGUCCCACAACGCCAUCACCAGCGUCGAGAGCGGGGCUUUCCGGGGCCUGGCAGAGCACCUGCACUCUCUGGACUUGUCUUCCAACAGGCUGGUGUCGGUCAGCAAAGACACCUUCAGCAACCUGAAGGCUAAGGUCAACCUCUCCGACAACCCCUGGCGCUGUGACUGUCGGCUGCAGGAGCUGAUCCGCACCGUGGACCUGGCGGCCGGCUCCUCGGGCGGCAUCAUGUGUGACUCCUCCGCGCAGGAGGAGCACGUCGGCAAAGCUUUCCUGCAGGUGAUCGCCGACACAGACUUCUGCAACGUGUACAAGAAGACCACGGACAUCGCCAUGCUGGUCACCAUGUUCGGCUGGUUCGCCAUGGUGAUCUCCUACCUGGUCUACUACGUGCGGCAGAACCAGGAGGACGCCCGGCGGCACCUGGAGUAUCUCAAGUCCCUGCCCAGCAAGCAGCGGAGGUCGGAGGAGUCGUCCACCAUCAGCACCGUGGUGUGA